AUGGUCCUGAUCUUGCUGCCGUUGAAACUGUUGAUGUUUGCUUCCCGACAAGUAACCUUGUUGUUUUUUAUUUCCAGUGGCCUUUUGCUCCCUAUAUGUUCCUGA